AUGCUAAAACUAAUUGUCCCCACAGCCAUACUAAUUCCCCUAACAUGACUAUCGAACAAAAACAUAGUGUGAAUCAACGUAACAUCACACAGCAUGCUAAUCAGCCUAACAUCUCUAGGCAUCUUGGGCCAGCAUGACCACAACAACAUAAGCCUCUCAGCCAUCUUCUUCUCUGACCCCCUAUCAGCACCCUUAAUCGUAUUAACAACAUGACUCCUCCCCCUAAUACUAACAGCCAGCCAAGCCCACCUCUCCAAUGAGCCCCUGGGCCUAAAAAAACUAUACAUUACCAUACUAAUCACCCUCCAAGCACUACUAAUCAUAACAUUCGCCUCCUCUGAGUUCAUUAUAUUCUACAUCCUGUUUGAAGCAACACUCGUACCAACCCUAAUCAUCAUCACACGAUGAGGAAACCAAGCAGAGCGACUAAACGCAGGGUCCUACUUCCUCUUCUACACAAUAGUAGGGUCACUCCCCCUUCUAGUAGUACUCACAUACACCCAAAACAUAACAGGAACCCUAAACAUACUAGUACUACAAUACUGAGCGAAACCCAUAAACGACUCUUGAUCCAACAUGCUAAUAUGACUAGCAUGCAUAAUAGCAUUCAUAGUAAAAAUACCCCUAUACGGACUACACCUCUGACUGCCAAAAGCCCACGUAGAGGCCCCCAUUGCAGGCUCCAUAGUACUUGCAGCCGUACUACUAAAACUAGGCGGAUACGGCAUAAUACGCAUCACUAUCAUGCUAGAACCAAUAACAACAUUCAUAGCAUACCCCUUCCUAAUACUAUCCCUGUGAGGAAUAAUCAUAACAAGCUCCAUCUGCCUUCGCCAAACCGACCUAAAAUCACUAAUCGCCUACUCCUCCGUAAGCCACAUAGCACUGGUAAUCGUCGCAAUCCUAAUCCAAACCCCAUGAAGCUACAUGGGGGCCACCGCUCUCAUAAUCGCCCACGGUCUAACAUCCUCCAUACUAUUUUGCCUAGCAAACACAAACUAUGAGCGAACCCACAGCCGAACUAUAAUACUAGCACGAGGACUGCAAACCCUCCUACCCCUAAUAGCUGCCUGAUGACUCCUAGCAAGCCUAACCAACCUGGCCCUCCCCCCCAGCAUCAACCUAAUCGGAGAACUAUUCGUAGUAGUAUCAACAUUCUCGUGGUCCAACACCACCAUCAUCCUUACUGGAACAAACAUUAUCAUCACAGCCACCUACUCCCUAUACAUACUAAUAUCCACCCAACGUGGAAAAUACACCCACCACAUCAACAACAUCUGCCCCUCCUUCACCCGAGAAAACGCUCUAAUGGCACUCCACAUACUGCCCCUACUAAUGCUAUCAACCAACCCCAAAAUCAUCCUAGGGUGCCUUUACU